AUGGUUUCGUCGACGAAUUGGAGGAGAAUCUCACGCCCAUGUGGGAAUAAACGGGUUUUUGGCAAGGCCGAAAUCGGCGAUAUUUUUGAAAAGAACGUUGCAUCAGAGCCUGGGACUAUGCGUUUACCUUGA